CUCUCACCUGGAGCUUACCAAAGCCCGCUCGGCCCCGUCUGGCCUGAUGGCAGCAUGGACGACGAGUCGACGACUCCUUUCAUGCGUGUCGUCUUUUUUCCUCGUUUUUCCUCUUUUCCACUUGCAGCUGCGCGUGGCGUCGACUAACGGGCCAGUGUGCUGGGUUCAAACCUGCCCGGCGAGGCUUUACUGCACCAGUUCAGGAAUGAAAAUUGGGGAGUCGGCAUUUUCAAGGCCGAUUGCUUACCUCCCUAUGCGUCUGCCUUAUAUCCGCACAUGGGCGGGUAUGAUUUUCCUCACGAUCCCAAGAAGCCAAGACACGAGCAUGGCUGGCCUUUUGUUUCGUUGGAUUGUUUUCCCUGACCUGUGGAUAAGUCAGCGUGGGUACGUAAGCAUGCGCCGCGAAGAAGUCCCUCAUAACCAGGCCCCGUUCCAGGAAACAACUCGGAAUGAAAGGCCUGGCUUAGAGUCACACCGGCCUAGACUCAUUCAAGUUUGGAUCUUUGGGGGUCUAAGGUCGCGUGGCUAGACAGAAGCGGGCGGGCGGGAGCCAAGAUUGGAGGCUCUUUUAGGGCAAAACUGGUCUGGGGGGGCUUUCUUUCAUUGGGUGGUUGGAUGCGAGGAAGAGAGAAAAGGAGAAUAGAAAUCCCCGAACGGGUGUUGGAUGUGAGUCGUCCUCGUCAUGCGGACAUGCGUUAGGUCGUUUCCUGCGUCGUGACCGGACGUUUCUUACGUCCUUUUUCUGGUGGUAAUUCGUUUUGUUCGUUUCGAAUAGGCGUGUUUUGUCUUGUUUAGGGGAAAUGCAAUAUAAUUACUUGAGAUGACGG